AGCUGUUGGACUCACCUGUUCAGAUCAGGACAACUUCAGGUUGGUGGGAGAGGCCAGCCGAUGUGCCGGGAGACUGGAGAUGUUACAUCAAGAAGAGUGGAGACCAGUGGAUGUUUGGUAUCGUUACUGGAACAUGAACUUAGCUGCUGCAGUUUGUGCUGAACUGGACUGUGGUUCUGCUGUUUCAGCAAGAAAUUCAAAGGAAGCUUCAGAGAGACCAGUUUGGGUGCUCCAGUCUGACUGUUUCCAGUCAGGAUCUGCAUUAAAGAACUGUUUACCUUCUGAUGUAAACAGUGAUCAGAGCCAUGAGAUCAUCUGCUCAGGUCUGCUGGUUGAGCCGCUCAUCUUCCUCUCUUCCUCCACUGACGGGGUCUCCACAGGCAGAAAGCAGGGGUCUGAGCUCCUCAUUGGCUCACAUUUCAGCAUCAUCUGCUCCAUCAGACCUCAGUAUGAAGGCGGCUCCUUCCAGCUCAUCUUCAGCACCUCUAACUACACUCAGAACCAGACCCUGCCAGCUGUUAAUCACUCCGCCCUCUUCCUGUUCUCUGCUGCUGGCCACGCCCACCAAGGAACCUACCGCUGCGUUUACCACGUCUACGUUUUCUCCUAUAACUUCUCCUCUAUCAGCCAGCCUCUCAACCUCACUGUCUCAGUUUCAGCCUCUCCCACUGCUUUGAUCAUCAGACUGGUUGUCGUCCUGCUGGGUAUGCUGGGAUCAGUCCUGGUCCUCUACUUUAAGGCCAGGAGAAACCAGAAGUCUGGACCAGAAAACAACCAUCAUGAUGAAGGAUCCAGAGCUGAAGGCAGCUUAGAGGAGGAGACUGCAGUCUGAAGGAACCAGGAGAAAAUGAUCUUCAUUUCACGUCUGCAGGAAGGAGCAGAGACAUGUUUCAGACUCCUGGAAAUCUAUCCGUCUAUGUAUCUAUGAUAAAAUGUCUCUGUGCUCCUGCAGCAGGAAGGAAGUUCAACAUUCAGAAAUUUGUAUCUGGACUAAACCUACUUAAGUUAAACUUAUAUAAGAAGGGAACACAAAACAAAACAUUCAACAAACAAAAUCUAACAGAAAACCCACUUCAUCAAAAUCUGAUCUUCAUCAACCUUGCAAGGAUAGCAUAUGAUAGGAUAUUUGGGGUCAAAGGUCAGGUAGCCAAUUCCAUCAGGCCCUGAACCCAGCUUGUGUCCUUGUCUUAGUUGAAUUGUGUGACAAAUGUAAUAUAGUUGAUCCUGGCUUGUAAUACUUUGUCCUGCCUGUAGGUGGUGUAUGUCAUCACUGCCAUGAUAACCCAUCCAAUACAUCCAGUUCCCACAAGUCUGAACCAGAU